CCUCCCCUCUCUCCCAUGUUUCCUGACCCACACACACAUCAUGGGCUGGUAACAAACAUAAGGAUAACCUAGGGCUUGGUUUGCUCUUUUAACAGCCUAGCUUUGUUUUUUUCCCCCUUCCUGCUGGUACUUGGUCCCAGCUGGAAGUGUAUAGUUCUUAUCCUAUGUCACUUUAAGCAACAGGUGCCAUUUUUGUCUACUUCCUUGUAGGGGGCCCUGGCACAAGCACAAGUUUUAUUGGGACUCUAACAGCAAAGGCACAGAGAGCCACUGUGGUGCUUUCGAUCGGAAAAACUAUUCUGGACCGGGGAACUGAGUCUUGAGAUUGUGUUUUCAGCCUGUUAGUGCAUGCAAGAGAUGGAAGCACGGUCCUCCACCACUACGACUACCAUAGUCGAGACUAAGAAUGACCUGAGUGCACAUCCCACACGUUCGUCAAAACGCACCUUAACCGAUGACCUGCACACUACAUUCAGCUCCCCCGUGGCUUGGAUCCUCGUGCUGGCUCUCAUCAUAACCUGGUCAGCCGUGGCGGUCAUUAUGUUUGACCUGCUCGACAGCAAGGGUCUUGAAGCCCAUACAUUAUACUGUGACGACCCCUGUUUACCACCUGGACCUCAGCCACACCGUGUCAGGAAAACAUUUAAGGAAGCAGGCAGCCUUAGAGGGGGUAUUCAGCACAUCAGCUCUGAUCCCAUGAAGGCGGUGAACGAAGCCAUGGACGACACAACCGAUUGGAUAACAUCAAUCUUGACUUUUAUGACUAAUUUGGUAGCACCGGAAGAGGAGGAGGAAGGUGAGCAUCAUUUUGUGAGGAAAAAAGGAGAAUUCUUGCCACCGAGGAAAAAAGUUGCAGAGAUACGGGCCAAGGAGAUGUUACAAGAGGAAGGGGAGUAUGAGGAAGAGGAGGAGGAGGAGGAUGAGGGGCUUGCUGAAGAAGAUGAGGAGGAGGAAAAAGAAGAAGAUGAAGAGUAUGAGGAUGAAGAAGAAGAAGAAGAUGGUGAUGAGAUCGAAAAGGAGGAAGAAGAGGAUGAAGAAGAAGAAGAGGAAGAGGGAGAAGAAGAAGAGGAGGAGGAGGAAGCAGCAGCAGCAAAGGAAGCUGUGGAUGAGGAGGGAAUAGAAGAGGAGGGUGAAGAAAAGGAGGAAGAGAAGGCAGAUGCUGAGGAGGAGGAUGAGAAGAAGGAAGCAGCAGCAGCAAAGGACGCUUUGGAGGAGGAGGGAAAAGAAGAGGAAGAAAAGGAGGAAGAGAAGGCAGAUGCUGAGGAAGAAGCAGAAGAUGAAGAGGAGGAAGCAGCAGCAGAAGAAGCUGUGGGAAAAGGUAAGGAGGAAGAGGAAGCUGAUGCUGAGCAGGAAGAGGAAGCUGCUGCUGCUGCUCCUGCUGUCGAAAAGGAAGAUGCUUCUAUCCCUGCUAAACCUUAUGAGGAGAAAGAAGAACUAGAACAAAUCACUUCUAAAGAAGCUGAGGCAGCUGAUGAGGAGGAAGAGGACAAAACUGAGAGAGAUAAAGAACCACCUGAGGAAGAAGAUGAAAAAGAAGAUACUCCUACUGAUGAUAAAGAGAAAAAAGAAGUAGAUGACAUUAUUGAUGAUGACCAAAGUGAGGAGAAAGAUGAUGACGAUGAGGUUGAAGAGGCUGAUAUCGCCAUUGCUCUUGGUAUUGUUGCUGAUGCUGGUGCUACAGUCACUGAUGUUGAAGCGCCAGAAACUGUUAGUUUCGAACUAGGUGGAGAUGAGUCAACAGUGGUGGCUGAUGAAGAUGAUGGCUCUUCACCUGAGAAAGACAUAAGAACCCUGAAAGAAGAGGAGCGAGAUGAAAAGGAUGCAAGCACAAAGGAAGUGGAAACUGCAGAAAAAGCAACAAAACCAGAACCGAUUCUUAAAGCCGAGGAAGUGAAAGAAAAAGAAGCAGAGAAACCUGCGGCAGAGGCUGAAAAAGAAGACAAACAAAAAGAGCCCUCUACCUGUCCUUGUAUGCAUUCAGUAGUACAAAAAGAGCCUCAAAAAGCCCAAGACACUAAACCAAAGGAAGAAAAAGCGGAACCUGAUAAAGUAAAGAAAAGAGCUAAAAGAGUCACCCUUGAGCACAAGAAAGCAGAGACUAAGAGAAGGGAACCCCUGCUUAAACAGAGAAAAGAAAAAGAGGCUGCAAGAAGAACAAGACUAGAGAAAGCAAAGAAAGUUCCAAAAGCAAAGGCAGCAGCUGUCAACAUACCCAAAACGAGAAGAUCUCGAGCCUCAGAGGACAUGGAAGUGUCAGCUGCUCCAGCUCCGAUACAGGAUCUUCCUAUGUGCCGACCAACACCUGUGUACUGCCCAGCGCCACCUGGCUGGUAUGUGCAUCAUAUAGUUACAAGUAGCCCAUUACCACCCUCGGCUAUUCCAGAAUCAGAAGUUCCGAUUUUAACAACUCAUCAAGCUCCUACUUUACUGAAAGAACCAGAAGCUGCUAAGGCAAAGCCAAAACAAGCCAGUAAAAAAAAAGAACCAGCUGCGCCAAAAGAAAAAGUCAAAGCAGCUCCUGCGAAGAAGGAGCCCACAGUUACUAAAGUCAAAGUAAAACCUGCUGUGGCAAAGAAACGGCCGAUUGCUGUGAAAGAGAGGUCUAAAAGGACAGAGCGAGUGAUCACUAAAGAAAAGGCAAAACCUACCUCUACUAAGAAAGAGCCAGCAGUAACAAAGAAGGCAAAAGUAACAACAACCUCACAUAAAGAAGAAGAGAAAGCUGUAAAGGAAGUGAAGUCCAAAGCAGAGGUCAAGAAAAAGACUGCAUCAACACCAAAAGCCAAACAAGCUACUAAAGUUGUGGCGAAACCUGUUCCAGAUGAGAAGAAAACGGCAGAAGAAACCAAAGAGAAAGCAGCCGAGGCACCAGCAACAGCAAAAGACCUGAACGCAGAGGAAAAUGUCACAGAAGGCAAAAAGCCAGGCAAGAUACCGUACUUCCAGUGUGUUUUAAUGAGUUCAAAAUCCAGCCAAUAUCCACUGCGGCCCAUGUCCCCUGCUAUGAGUCCAGCUAUUAACCCUACCCUGAUGAGAGCCAUGAUGGAGCAGAGGGCUGCAUUACUGCAGCAGAAAGCCCGUGCAGCUGGCCAGUAACUGGACGACAGACCCCGUCCGGCCCUGGCAGGUGCAAACUGCUUAUGAACUUCUAUAAAAACAUAGUGCUGCUGAUCUUCAUAAACCAUCAGAAACCUUAACAAAUAAUGAGUGGAGAUCCCUGGUUUCUCAAUGGACGCUCUCCAUUCUUUCAUAAGAAUCUGACCAGUUUCUCAAUUUUGACAAAAAAAAGAGAUAUAAAUCAAUUAUAGUGUACAGUUUGAAAUAUAUUUAAUGCAUAAACACCUGCCAAAGAAA